AGCAACCCCAAACUCUUUCGGAAGCCGUGAUUAAAUCGCAGUGAGGACGGAGACUCUCUGGAAGUAAUGGAGUCUGAACUUCAAACUUCGGGGGUUACCUCGAACAUAAUGCCCCUUGCCUUCCCCAGAGGAAAGGAGAAGUUUUGUGAACUCUGUAAAAGGGAAGCGUAUCUCCAGUGCAACAGGUGUCGGGUCACGUUCUAUUGCAACGCCGAACACCAGCAGGCCGACUGGGUGGGAAUCCAUGAAAGAAUUUGUCAUCUGCUUGUUCGCAUACGUACUCCGACAGAGAUGAUUGAUCACGCCGCCCGCAGGGACGACCAGUUAAGAAAGGCGGAGCUGAUCGAGAUCUGCAGGUUGGUGGCUCAAAGCAAGCUGUCAGAGGGGAAAUAUGAAGAGGCGCUCCCUGCUGCUCACUGCUGCCUGCACACCUCCAUUGACGUGCACGGCCCCAAUACCGUCCAGCUCCUCCCCUCCUAUUUACUGUUGGCCGAGGCCAACAUGGGCCUGGAUAAUUUAGCUGUUGUAGCGGAGCUCCUGUGCCAGGCUAAGUGGGUUGUGCUGAAGCAUCCAGAAUCGUGUCCUUUAAUCCAGCAGCAGCUGCACAGGAGCCUGGGCCGAUUCCACGCGGCAGAUGGAAACCUGGAAGCCGCCCUCCAUCACUUCGCAAACGAUGUAUAUUUCUCCAGUGAGGAGUACGGUUUAGACAGCAUCAACGCCUCUAAGGGCUACUUUCUAAUGGCUGAAGUGUUUGUCAGACAGGGGAAGAUACCCGUUGCUCGCUCCUUGUACUCCAAGGUGGCACAUACUUGGCACAAGCAUCUCAGCAAUCUGCUGUAUCACCGAACGGAAAUCAGCCAGAAGCGCGCCGUGUCAUCCCAAUCCUUUUAUGAGCAAUCCCAGCGAGUUGAAAUGGAUGAGAUGCUGAGAGCCAUGUUGGAAUUUGAGCAAAAACAGUUCAGAAAAGACGGCGCUCAGAUUGCGCUCUUGGCCCACAGCCUGGCCAUGCUGUGGUUCCUCGGUGGAGACCUCCAGAAGGCACUGGGAUUUGGCACCACCGCCCUGCAGGCCAGCCAGCAGAUAACUAAACAUGACCUGACAGAACCCGUCCAGAGGCUGCUGCAGCAGGUGCAGAGUCUGCAGACCGAACCGCAGCCCGGCUCUGGUUAGCCAACACCCUGCUCUGCCUACGUUAUUCCUCUCUGGGCUCUACUCCGCUCAUCUCUCCAAUCCUCACAGUUCUCCACACAUGAAUACACAAGAGCGGCCGAGCAGCUAAUAAAUCGAUCUUUGAAACGUA